AGCGUGUAACGCUGGAACGUGGUUACUCAAAAUUCAGCUGGAAAUAUGCCUAAGGUAGCAUUGUACAUCGUCUGCGAGUUUACGUUAAAUGUCGUUGCUAGUACAAGUCAGCAAAGACUGUCAAGGAACAGCAAAAGAAAACACAACGCCAUCGAGAUUGGCCGCACCUAUCUCGACAACUGACCCUAUGGCAUUCUUUGUCUUCCUUGAUAAUCAUGACCAACUCCACGGUCUGAUCACAAUCAAUCCAAGAAGGGAGAAUAUGUUGUAUCGGCGUUGUCGCGUUCUCAACCCACAACUACAGCAAGCACCGAGGUCUUGGUUUGUAUUGAGACAUCUUAAUGCAUCGUUCAUGAUGGAAAUAACCAUCUCAAAAUCAAUGGUAAAUAGCAGGGUCAGACUGAAAAACAAGAUAUGGGUUGAUAGCUGAAAAGAAGAUGUGUAACAGACGCCCAGUCUAGUCUAGUCUAAUAUAAGAUAUAAUGAUAACAUAGAAGAAGACAACGAAUGACAUUGCCAGAAAAGAGA